AUGAAGCUGUACGUUGCGCUGGCGGUGCUUCGACUCAUAGCGAGCGUACUAUUCUUUGGUAUGAUACAUCCAGAUGAGUUCUUUCAAAGCCAGGAGGUCAUGGCACGUCAUAUUUUGCCCCACGAUUCAGUGCUUCGCCGUGAGCUCUUUGUCCCAUGGGAAUUUCAAUUGCCCAACGUCAACCGUUCGAUCCUUUUUCCUGCAUUAGUUGUUGGAGUUCCGUACAAGGUGCUGGAGUUAUUGGGAGUCAAGUUAACAGGGUGGCUGCUGCUCGUGACGCCCAGAGUGCUGCUCUGUCUCGUGUCUUUUCUUAUUGAUGUAAUUCUAUACCGUAUUGUCGGCAGAUUAAAUCGACAUCAAAAGUUGGAUAUCCAACAAAAAAAACAGAUGCAGGCAAUUUUAAUCUUUGCCAGUUCAUGGACGACGUUGGUGUUUAUGUGUCGACCAUUUUCCAAUACAUUUGAAACACUAGUGCUUGCUUUAUGUUUCGGGGUAUUAUACCUUAUUCAUCCGUCUCGACGCAUGGGAUAUGGAAUGUUACAUGUGCAAACAAUUCUUCUUGGAAGUUUGCUAGCAAUUGGAAUCUUCACACGCUUUACAUUUCCAGUCUUUUUCUUUCCACUUGGAGUUGAACUUGUGCGACAACAAGAUACUUUGCUAAUGAUUACUGCACGAAAAAAAGACGUUAUGAACUCGCCUUCGAUUUUGCGCAGACUCCUAACGACGAUUAGUAUAUUGAUACAAGGGUUUAUCGCAUUUGUGAGUUUGGCUGCUCUGUUUGUUGUCGUGGAUACUUUGUACUUUCAUCCCGAAUUGUUUACUGGUGAAGUGGACCGAGCGCUUUUCGAAAAAGUUGCUGAAAAUACUGUGAUUGCACCUUAUAAUAAUUUUUUGUACAACAUUCAAUACGAAAAUUUAAAACAGCAUGGUGUUCAUCCACGACUCACCCACCUAAUCAUCAAUAUGCCUAUCCUGUUUGGUCCAGUGUUCCUCAAUUACCUGGUUCAAGUUCUCCGAUUUCCAGAUUGUUCGUUCUUUGAAAUAUUUUCGGUCUUCUUUCCGCUAAUUUGCUUGUCGCUCGCUCCACACCAAGAGUUAAGAUUUCUACUGCCGCUUGUCGUGCCAUUGCAUUUAUUUACAGCAUUAAGUGGCAGAAAUGGAACUAAGCGCUUUCUGGUGGUAUUGUGCCCAUGCUGUUGUCACUUUCUUCUAUUGCGCAUAAUGGAUCAAUGA